AUGUUCGCCGGCGGCGCGGACGGCGGCAACGGCCACCUUCUUCCGCGGCCGCGCAGGGCGCGGCGCGGCGGAAUGGGGUCUCCCACGGGGCAGGCGGCCUCGGUGCCCACGCCGCCGCCCUGCACCGACUACGACAUGGCCUACUUCAAGGCGUACUCCCACAUCGGCGUCCACGAGGAGAUGCUCAAGGACCAUGUGAGAACCAGUACUUACAGAAAUGCUAUCAUGCAUCACCAGGAUUUAAUUUCAGGAAAAGUUGUGUUGGAUGUGGGCUGUGGCACUGGUGUGCUUUCUAUAUUCUGUGCUUUUGCUGGUGCCACUCGGGUCUAUGCAGUUGAUGCAAGUGAUAUUUCCUUACAGGCUAUGGAAAUUGUGAGAGAAAAUGAGUUGUCUGACAAAGUCAUCGUUAUGCAUGGCCGAAUUGAGGAUGUCGAAAUUGAAGAAAAAGUUGAUGUCAUCAUAUCUGAAUGGAUGGGCUAUAUGCUUCUAUAUGAGAGUAUGCUGGGGAGUGUAAUCUUUGCGAGAGAUAAAUGGCUUAAACCAGGGGGUCUUAUUCUUCCGUCACAUGCAUCGCUUUACUUGGCACCUAUUACAAAUUCUCAGAGAUAUCAGGAUAGUGUUUACUUCUGGCAAGACGUGUAUGGUAUAAAAAUGUCUUCUAUGAUCCCUCUUGCAAAACAAUGUGCAUUCAUGGAGCCAUCUGUUGAGACAAUUAGUGGAGAGAAUGUCCUGACGUGGCCAACAGUGGUGGCACAGGUGGAUUGUUAUACCAUACAAGCUCUGGAACUUGAAACUAUUACUGCUACAUUUAAAUAUACAUCAAUGUUGCAAGCUCCAUUGCAUGGUUUUGCAUUUUGGUUCGAUGUUGAGUUUAACGGACCAGUGCGCCAGAAAUCCAAGAAGCAAGCGAACCAAUCCUUGGAUGCACAAAAUGCCACCCCAAGCAAUAAAAAGAAAAAGGCAGAUGUCUCUAUUGUUCUGUCAACUGCACCUGAGGAUGCACCCACUCACUGGCAGCAGACCCUACUGUACUUAUUUGAACCUAUCGAGUUAAAGAAAGAUCAGAAUAUUGAGGGCUCUGUCACCAUAUCUCAGAGCCAGCAACAUGCUCGGUUCCUAAAUAUCUGCCUGAAAUAUUUUACUGGAGACCAAUGGUAUGUUAAAGAAUCCGUGAUGAAAUAAUACGGGGGUUUACUUCAAGACUGAAUUGUACAGGGUGCGUUUUUGCUGUUCUUGUGCAUGCUGAAGCUUGCAAUUUUGGAGCAUUCUUGACCAGAGAGUGACAUGCUGACAUCCUGAUGGUAAAUUGAUCAAACAUGCAGUGUCUUUUGGGUCCUAGUUGGAGGGCUGGAAUUUUGUAGGAAACAAACUACUCUAAAAUUCUUACAGAAAUCGUUUAGUUGCUAUCAAGCUUAGUUUAUGCCCCCUCUUUUUUCCUUGAAAAAAUGACGGACUUGAUUAGCUAACAGUAGGUUUUCCUGUUAAGCAUGGCUUAUCUCAUUUUGAUGACCCUUUCAAUCUUUUUAGAUUAGAUUGCUACUUAGAUUGUUCCAUUCUUUGUAUGAACAAUUGCCAACAUUCAUACCGCCUUUGAGAGGCUAUAACAUCAGACGGCGUGAUUUUCCA